AUGGCUUCCGACGAAGAUUAUGCCGCCUUCCUGGCCAAGGCCAACCAGGACACGGGCGCAGCGCCCUCGACUCAGUCCAUCAAGACCAAGGCGGUAGAUGCCGAGGUGCCGCAUGUCCUCCUGCAGGUCGAAGAAUACUACAUAUCCGAUGCCGACGAGCCGUUCGAGCCCGUCAGCCUCAAGUGGGAUUCUGACUCGAUGCCGUCCAAAGGUGAAUUCGCCAAGCUUAUUGGACACGGGUCGGACGCAUCCAGCCUCAGCCAAAACGAAUUCGACCCAAAGGGUCAGUACGCGAAGGUGCUGGACGUGGUGAAGCAGGCUGGAAGCCAGGAUGUUGCUAUUUUCCGAGUGCAGCAUGGCUCUACGAGGGCGGAAUUGUACGUGGUCAGCCUGGACAAGAAGGGCGGGAGGAUCGUGGGCUUGAAGGCAGUGGCAAUCGAGUCCUGA